AUGCGACCCUUGACGAAACGCGCACUCGCUCAGGCGGUGCCGAGACGGUCGUCCUGUCUUUUCUGCCAGUCGCACCGCCGUGCAUUUGCCAGCGCACCGGCACCGGCAGCGGCACCGGCAGCGCCCCCAGCCUGUGGUCUCGCGAGGCUACCCUCCCGCCAGCUCCUCUCCGUCUCUGGCCCCGACACCGCCAAGUUCCUGCAAGGUAUCGUCACGGCCAACGUGUCGACAAAGGACGACCGCACGGUGGACAGCGGGAGCUAUGCUGGUUUUCUCAACGCGACCGGCCGAGUGAUGCACGACGUCUUCAUCUACCCUGGCCGGAACGGGUUCGCAGGCACAGAAGAGGGCAGCUCAUACAUCAUCGAGGCAGACGCGCGGGAGAUUGACAAGCUGGCCAAGCUGAUCAAGCGGUACAAGCUACGUGCCAAGGUCAAUGUACGCAAAAUCGAUCCCGCAGAGGUCUCCGUCUGGCACGCCUGGACGGACUCGUCGCUCGACACCAACCCGACAGCCACCUCGAUACGUCUGGCAGAUCCACGAACGGCAGACAUGGGAUGUCGAAUCAUACAACUAGGCGAUAACCCCCCCGAGGCCGAUCUCGAGCAAGCGACGGAGGAUGCGUACACGAUCCGGCGAUACCUGCGAGGCGUCCCCGAGGGCCCAUCCGAGAUUCUGCGCGAGCAGGCCCUGCCGCAGGAGAGCAAUAUGGACUUUAUGAACGGCAUUGAGUGGCACAAGGGCUGCUACGUCGGACAGGAGCUCACUAUCCGCACCAAGCACCGCGGUAUCGUGCGCAAGCGUAUACUGCCCUGCAUCGUGUACGACAAGAACGCGCCCGCGCCCGAGGCACUCGCCUACGACCCCUCGAGCACCGCCGCGCAGGACGUCCCCGCCGAGACCAGCAUAGGUCGUUUCGAGAGGCGCGGGCGCAGCGCGGGCAAGUGGUUGCGGGGCGUCGGCAACGUUGGGCUGGGCCUCUGCCGGCUCGAGAUCAUGACGGGGACGACGCUGCCGGGCGAGACGGCGGCGGCGACGUUCACCCCCCAGGAUGAGUUUGUGCUGGAAUGGGGACAGGAAGGCGAGAAGACGGGCGUCAAGGUCAAAGCUUUUGUCCCUGAAUGGAUACAGCAAGGCUUGGACGCGCAUGCGGCGUCCAGGUGA